CUGGACCUACUACGGGAUCAACAAACCUUGUAAGCCUUUGGCGCUCCGUCUAAGAAUGGUCGACGAACGGCAUCGCCAGCCUUGGGAUGUCAAUUUCCAUCGAUGCGAUAUAGCCCAUACAUGUAGUAUAAAAAGCGUGUGCUUUCGUGUACCUGUCACCGAGCAUGAGCAGGUGUUUCGGGCAAUCGUUACAGGAGGCAGCUUGUCUCUAUAUUCCGGAGCAGCAACCACUCUUUCCAGCAUCUCCGGCCGUCAACUAAGCCUCGACCUUCUACGUCCUGCUGGUCAAUCACUUGAUCAAAUACGUUCUAGUAUGCGUGAUGCUGUACAUUCCACUGGCCUACCUGUUCCAGAAACAUGACUAAGGGGGGUGGGACUACAAGACUUAUGGAGUAUAUAGGCGGAGAC